GUGUUCUGCCCUUUCAUUGGUCACCACCAAACCUGCCUCAGUUUAAAACCAGACACACGUCUAUUCUCUCCCCCCUUCACAGCUUUACCCACUAAAAACAACAGAUUAGGGAGACUGUGCGGGUGAAGCAUAGCCGGUCUCAAGAUGCCUGCUUUCGCCACCAACAUGAGGAUGAAGUUCCCCAUUAUAGCCUUGGCUUUGGAGAUUACCACCAUCAUCCUGUUUGCGGUGUUUGUGACCUAUGAUGAUGGGAAAAAAAGUCACGGGCACGACUCACACGGCAACGAGACCCACCAUGAAGAGGCGAGGCCCAUGGAUCUCUACCCCAUGUUCCAGGAUGUCCACGUCAUGAUCUUCAUCGGCUUCGGGUUCCUGAUGACAUUCCUGAAGAGAUAUGGGUUCAGCAGCGUUGGCUUCAACUUGCUCCUGGCUGCCUUCGGCCUGCAGUGGGGCCUUCUCACGCAGGGUCUGUGGCACCUCGAAGACGGCAAGAUCAAAGUUACCAUCUUCAAAAUAAUCAACGCGGACUUCAGCACAGCAACAGUCCUGAUUUCCUUCGGCGCUGUUCUGGGUAAAACCAGCCCUGUGCAACUCCUCAUCAUGACCCUCCUGGAGAUCACCCUCUUCUCCAUCAAUGAACACCUGGUGGUCACGUUCUUUGAAGCUAACGACGUGGGUGCAUCCAUGAUUAUUCAUGCAUUUGGAGCCUACUUCGGCCUGGCUGUGGCUCGGGUACUUUACCGACCGGGUUUGAGCAACGGACAUGACAACGAGGGAUCCGUUUACCACUCUGAUCUGUUUGCCAUGAUAGGAACCGUCUUCUUGUGGAUGUUCUGGCCCAGUUUUAACUCGGCCAUAGCUGAUCCGGGGUUAACUCAGCUCACAGCUGUGAUCAACACCUACCUCUCCCUGGCAGCCUGUGUGCUCUCCGCCUACGCCAUCUCCAGUCUCGUGGAGCACAAAGGAAAACUGGACAUGGUGCACAUCCAGAACGCCACCCUGGCCGGUGGCGUUGCCGUGGGAACAUGUGCCGACAUGGACAUUGGGCCUUAUGGGGCCAUGCUGAUUGGAUUUGUGGCCGGCAUCAUCUCUACUGUGGGCUUCAAGUACCUUACUCCCAUCCUGGCAUCCAAGCUGGGCAUCCAGGACACCUGUGGCGUCCACAAUCUGCACGGCAUGCCGGGCAUCCUGGGAGGGUUGGCUGGUAUUGUGGCUGUGGCCUUGGGGAAGAAAGCGGGAGGUAAUGCUGCCAUGCAAGCUGCUGCCUUGGCUUCAUCCCUCGGGUUCGCUUUGGUUGGAGGUGCUAUUACAGGUUUCAUAAUGAAGUUGCCGUUCUGGGGACAGCCUCCAGACCAGAACUGCUAUGAUGACUCAAUAUACUGGGAGGUUCCUGAGGAGGAGGAGGAGCACGAGGAGAGCUUGGCUCACGCCGAUCACUCAAAGAACAAAGCAGAGCCUUAAUUAUCUGCUCACCGUCCAUUCAGCUGGAAAACUAGAAAGUAAAAGACUAAUAAUCUGGCCCACUAUGUCUGCCCAUAACAUUUCCUCAAUUAUAUUAAUGUACUUUCCCCCUCCCCACUAGACGAUUUGCUCUACUGCCCAAAACAAGUUAAUAUUGAAACUGUUUUGUGAGCAAAGAUACCUACAGCAGUAGAUGCAACUAUUCCCACAAGCUUUUCCUUCAUGUUUGUAUAAUAAAAUGAAGCAUUAAAGCAUGUUUCAAGAUAUUAGUAUAGUUAGUGUUUUUCUUCAUACAAUGUAUUAUAAUUCCACAAACCUCACGCUUGUUUUUGGGCUGAAGCUUAGGUCAAAGAGAGGCGUACGACCUGCUUUGAUCCCCUCGCAUGGAGCCCGGUUCUUCUGCAAGGAGUCAGAGUCUGGCUGUGUGAAACCAGCUCUGACUUGGGCACGGACAGUCGCAUGAUAUGUUGUAACUAAUGAACUUUGGCAUUGCUUAUCUACUACUGCUUAAAAUAAUUUUCUUUCUGUCCGAGGGCUGCUGAACCAUUUCUUUAAUGCAAGGAGGAUGAAUGCGUUUAGCAUUAAGAUUGUCUGCUUUCAAUUGGUAGCCCACGUAUAUUCUUACAUGUACAUAUACUUUAGCAUUUACAUCAAAUGACAUGGUCAGUUUUAUUGAAGCCCAGCAAUCUACAAUAAAAAUGAAAAGCAGCUGGUACCGAAUAUUUUUCAGAUGCCUAAAGGAAUUCAACAGAAACCUACAUACUGGCCCAUAUAAGGGCUAGCAUUGGAGAAUAUGCAAAAGUUACAAACAUUUUAUACCAUUUUCAUUGUAACGUUAUUCCCUGCCUCUAUUCUCUAAAGCUAGUUACUGUUGGGUUCUUUUACUUUAGUUUAGCUCAUUUAGAACGUAGGCACAUUCAACAAAUCUUAUCGUAAUAUCAUAGGUUUGGAGAGCGACCUUUGCUUACUUCAGAAUAUCAUUUUAAGCUGCAUUGUGUCUGAGUGAUGAAGGCCACUUUUUUUUUGUUUAAGCUGCAGGACUAGAUGAAACUGACUACACACAGGAAUCAAUAUUUUGGUUUGUCGAAUGUUUUAUUAUGUGCAGAACACACCAAGAUUUUGUAUUUUUAUACAGCGGGAUGUGCUCAUAUUUGUAUCAUUUACUAAUACUGUCAUAAUAAAUAUGGUUUUGUACAAUAACA